UGUUACUCUGAAAUUAUUUUCACUGGAAGACCUAACCGGGAGGCAACAGCAUGUCUUCCUAGAAGAGGAGGCAGAGAAUACUUGCAGGGAAACAGUUGUAUUUACUGUGAACGAGAGCGCUUUAAAGGGUUAGACGGUUUGAGGCAUUUCCCCGGAGGAUUAACGUCAUCGUUACUAUUCGUGAAGACCAACUUUUCUUAGAGAUAGGAGAAAGAGAAGAGCCUACAUCCUACCAUACUCUUUGUGUCCGUGCGUGCUCGUCUGUGUGGGAGCUGCUGGAAGAGGCUAUUGGAUUACACGCUAUCACUUUAUAUCACAAUAAUAAUGGCUCUCUGGGAUAAGAGCCAGCGCCUUCAGGGGCCACUCUUGGAGCAAAUGAAACAACUGUACGGGCCACGUUUUCCUAUCGAAGUCCGCCAUUACCUGGCUACAUGGAUUGAAGCCCAGAUGUGGAGUGAUAUUGAUCCUGAUAUACCAGCACAUGAACCUAAUGCUCGUAGAUUAUUUGAAGCAAUGCUCAUUGCACUUCAAGAGUUAAUAGCAACAUAUUCUGCAAAUUUUAUCACUAAAACUCAAUUAGAGGCUUUGUUUGCACACAUGAAGGGUGAGUACAUUCAGCGUCCCCUAGAACUAGUUCGUGUUGUUCAGAUGUGUCUAGUAACAGAAGCUGAGCUGGUCCGCAAACAAGAAGAGUUUGAGAAAUCCAAUAAUAGACUGACACCCUCCAGUAAUAGCAAUGCUUCACAGAUACAGCAACUAAUUCAGAAUAUCAUGUCAAGGACUGAAGGUAUGGAAACUAUGUAUCGCACAUUAACAGCAAAGCAUGAGUCAUUCCAAAUACAUUAUCAAGAGGGUUGUAGACUAGAAGUAAUGCUUCAUCAAGGCGGUGGCUUUCCACCAGAUCAACUUGGUAAAUAUAGAGAAAGGAAGCAAUUGAUUGAUCAGAUUGUUGCAAAAGAUGCCGAAGAAAUGAAAAGAACAAUUGAUGAUUUGGGUCAGCGAUUCUUGGAGUGUCUAGAAGAAGUGGGACGGACUCAUCAUCUGGUUGUUGCGGUUGAACUGAACAAUUGGAAGCAAUCCCAGCGACUCUUCAAUCAUGAAGACGAUCCAAACAGAAAUGAACUUAAUUCCUUACAGCACUGGUUUGAGUCCCUUGCAGAACUGUUGUGGCGCCUCAGACAACUAGGGAAACAGUUAUUGAUAACGCAGAGUCGUGCAGCUACUCCAAUACUACAGCAGAACGAUCAGUUUCAUACUAUCACCCAACACGUCACCAAAUACCUACAAGAACUAAUAUCAGAGAGUUUUGUGUUGGAGAAACAACCUCCUCAAGUUAUAAAGACUUCCAAUCGUUUCUCAGCAACCAUCAGGUUAUUAGUUGGUAGUAAGCUCCAGCUUCAUCUUAAUGUACCUGAAGUGGUUGGCAGUAUCAUUAGUGAGAAACAAGCUAAGGCAUUGCUUUCAGAUCCCUCUAAAGUCCUGAGUAGCUCUUUUACAUCAGGAGAGAUAGUCAAUCAUCAGAAGGCUAUGGAGUAUAACUCACAGACUGGCGUCCUACAGUGUAACUUCAACUACAUGCAGCUAAGACGCAUCAAGAGAAACAGUGACAGGAAAUCGACUGAGAUUGUCAUGGAAGAGAAGUUCACUAUUCUGUUUCGUUCAAAGUUCACUAUACCCGGGGAUGAGCUGGAUAUCCCUGUCAUGUGUCAAAGCUUACCAGUGGUGGUUAUAGUCCAUGUCACUCAGCAGCCAGCAGCAGAGGCUACUAUAUUCUGGGAUAACUCGUUUGCAGAACCUAAUCGAGAGCCGUUUGUUGUACCAGAAGUAGUAUCAUGGCCUAGGGUCUCUGAAGCAUUGAAUCAUUACUUUCAAACUAUUUCAGGCAGAGGACUCACUCCUAGGAACCUUGACUAUUUGGGACGUAAACUUCUUGGAGUUGUAGGCAUGGAGGAGGAUAUUAUUCAGAUGUCUGUUACAAGACAGCAGAUGUGCCGUGAUCAGUUAAGAGGUCGUUCCUUUACCUUCUGGGAGUGGUUCUAUAAGCACCUGGACCUCAUUAAGACCACACUCAAGAGAGAAUGGGUCGAAGGACUGCUUGAAGGUUUCAUGGAUAAGAUUGAAGCCCAGUCGGUAUUGCUCCAAGUUCAGCCAGGGACUUUCCUUGUGCGUUUCUCUGACUCUGAGGCUGGAGCUGCCUCUGUUACUUGGGUUGCUGAAACUGAAACUGGGGAUAAACAAACCUUUCAUUUGGCUCCAUGGGGUAAACAUGAUCUGACCAUUCGAUCAUUUGCUGAUAGAUUACAUGACUUACAUCACUUGAUCUUUCUUUAUCCUAAUCGUCUUAAAGAUGAAGUCUUUGGCCCGUACUACACUCCUCAAAGAGUUGAGGCACGCAAUGAUGGAUAUUUAGAGUCUCAAGUUACUAUAACAAUGCCAGGAAGUCAUACUAGAACACCAAGCAAUCCUGCCAGCCCUGCUCCCUCCCUGUACUCUUUUGUUGGUACACCAAACCCUCAUUCUCCUUAUUCUAUGAUGAGCAGUGGAUCUUCUCGUCAGUUCAAUGGUACUCCUGAUUUGACUGGGUUCCCUAUUCCUGAUCUUGGCCCAUCGCUAGGUUUAAAUCAAGCCAGUUCCUUUGACGAAUUAUUUGAUGGCUCAAUUCCUCCUCCUUCUAACUAAUAAUAAUUUCUUUAUUCCCCAUCAGGAUACUCAUGACUUGUAUGUACUUUUAUACUAUUGCUAGUUCUUCCUCUCUCUCUUUUUCUGUUGGAUUUUGUUUUCUCUUAUACUACUAAUAAUAAUACCUACACACACACACAAUUAUUAUUUUUACCUCCUUUUAGAGGGCUCUCAUUAAUUUUCUUUUGAAUUUUUUUCAUGAGGCAAUUUUCCCAAUGUGAAUAAUAAUAUUAUUGGUAAUGAAAAGCAUGAUUAUGGAUAGUGAAAUGGAAAAAAA